AUGCAAUUAGACCAUAUAAUUGAACUUUUAACCCAGAGUAAGUAUAUACCGGAGGAAACAAUCUAUGAAUUGUGUCUUAGAUGUCAAGAACUUUUAAUAAAUGAAGCUAAUGUGGCAUCGGUGGAUACUCCAGUGACGAUAUGUGGAGAUAUUCAUGGUCAGUUGCAUGAUUUGCUUACGCUAUUUAAGAAAGCUGAUGGGAUUGAAAAUAACAGGUUUAUAUUUUUGGGUGACUUUGUGGAUAGAGGAUUUUAUUCGCUGGAGAGCUUUCUUUUGUUGUUAUGUUAUAAGCUGCGGUACCCAGACCGUAUUACAUUGAUCAGAGGUAACCAUGAGACGCGACAGAUCACUAAGGUAUAUGGUUUCUACGACGAGGUGAUACGUAAAUACGGGAAUUCGAAUGUAUGGCGUUACUGCUGCGAAGUUUUUGACUACCUCUCUCUGGGAGCAAUUAUAAACAAUGCAAUUUUCUGUGUACAUGGAGGUCUAUCUCCUGAUAUUACUACUGUGGACGAAAUAAGGUCUAUCGAUAGGAAGCAAGAGGUCCCGCAUGAGGGCGCGAUGUGCGACCUUCUUUGGAGCGAUCCCGAUGAGGUCGAUACCUGGUCAUUGUCGCCACGUGGGGCAGGGUUUCUAUUUGGUAAGAAUGAAGUUGAUCAGUUUUUGCAUAUGAAUGGUAUAGGUCUUAUUGCGCGAGCGCAUCAAUUGGUGAUGGAGGGGUACAAAGAGAUGUUUGAUGGAGGGUUGGUCACAGUGUGGUCUGCCCCCAACUACUGCUAUAGAUGUGGUAACGUAGCUGCUGUUCUGCGAAUUGAGGACAAUUUCGAACGCAAGUAUACUAUUUUCGAGGCCGUCCCUGCAGAAGACAACCGCGGAAACGCUAUUAUUCCAACGAAAAAGUCCCAGAUGGACUACUUCUUGUGA